AUGGAAGAUUUGUCCAAGUAUGCCCAUAGUCCUGCCCAUUUAGCAGUUGCACGACGAGAUCAUGCUAACCUUAGGCGAAUUCUCUCAGCCCUCCCACGGCUUGCCAAGGCUGGUGAAGUAAAUACUGAAGAAGAAUCUCUUGCUGCCGAGCAACAGGCGGAUUCUGUCUCGGCUGUCAUUGACCGGCGGGAUGUUCCUGGCAGAGAGACUCCUCUGCAUCUUGCUGUCAAGCUGCGGGAUCCAACCUCUGCUGAUAUUUUAAUGGCAGCCGGUGCUGAUUGGAGUCUGCAGAAUGAGAAUGGCUGGAGUGCUCUUCAAGAAGCAGUUUGCACAAGAGAGGAGUCAAUUGCCAUGAUCAUUGCUCGGCAUUACCAGCCUCUUGCUUGGGCCAAAUGGAGCCGUAGGCUUCCACGGAUUGUAGCUUCGGCAGCACGUAUUCGUGAUUUUUACAUGGAAAUCACUUUUCAUUUUGAGAGUUCUGUCAUCCCAUUUAUUGGUCGUAUUGCCCCAUCAGAUACUUACCGCAUUUGGAAGCGUGGUUCUAACCUCCGUGCUGAUAUGACCCUUGCUGGCUUUGAUGGUUUUCGCAUUCAGAGGUCAGAUCAAACAUUUCUAUUUCUGGGGGAGGGAUACACUUCAGAGGAUGGCAAUAUGUCUUUGGCUCCGGGUUCUUUGGUUGUUCUUGCUCAUAAGGAAAAAGAGGUUACAAAUGCUUUGGAGGGGGCUGGUGCCCAACCAACUGAAGCGGAAGUUGCCCAUGAAGUGGCUUUGAUGUCUCAAACUAAUAUGUAUAGGCCAGGCAUUGAUGUUACUCAGGCAGAGCUUGUUCCGCAUUUGAAUUGGAGGCGGCAAGAGAGGACCGAAAUGGUUGGAAAUUGGAAGGCCAAAGUUUAUGACAUGCUUCAUGUGAUGGUCAGUGUGAAGUCAAGACGGGUUCCUGGCGCUAUGACUGAUGAAGAGCUUUUUUCAGUGGAUGAUGAAGAAAGAUUAGGAAAUGCUGCUGAAAAUGAUGAGUUUGAUGAUGUGUUGACUGCAGACGAGAGGAAACAGUUGGAUUCUGCACUUCGUAUGGGAAACCCAGAUGGUGCUGGUGAUGAUGAGGAACCUGGUGUUGCUGAGUACCAAGAAAAUGGCUCAGGAGGUAUCUAUGAAAAUGGUGACUCUAAUGGCGCCAUUAAGGAGAAGAAGAGUUGGUUUGGCUGGAAGAACAAAGGUUCAAAGAACACUAAUGAUGAUCCCGAAGAUUCAAAAAUUUUGAAAAAAUUUUCAAAAUUGGCACCAGAAGGUGGCACCCAGAAAUCUGUUGAUCAUCAAAAAUCAUCUGAAUCUGCUAGGGAGGAUAUGGGGGAUGCCAAGAGAGGAAAAGAUAAAAGCAGCAAGAAAAAGAAGAAGAAAGGACCCAGUAGUGAAUCUAAGCAUGAGAGUGAGUACAAGAAGGGAUUGAGACCUGUCUUGUGGCUCACACCAGAUUUUCCCUUGAAAACUGAGGAGCUCCUGCCUUUACUUGACAUAUUAGCCAACAAAGUCAAGGCUAUUAGGAGACUCAGAGAGCUUUUGACAACAAAACUUCCUCUGGGAACAUUUCCUGUCAAGGUUGCCAUCCCUAUCGUCCCAACUAUUCGGGUGCUUAUUACUUUCACAAAAUUUGAGGAGCUACAGCCAUCAGAAGAAUUCUCAACACCUCUCUCCAGCCCAGCGCAUUUCCAGGAUGCAAAGUCCAAGGAAUCUGAAGGGGCUUCGUCAUGGAUUUCAUGGAUGAGAGGGAGUCGAGGGGGCAAUCAAGAUGAGAUUGACCCUUUCCUCAUACCAUCAGACUAUACCUGGGUUGAUGCCAAUGAGAAGAAACGCCGCAUGAAAGCCAAGAAAGCCAAGAACAAGAAACACAGGAAACAGGGUGCAACCAGAGGUGAUGAUGGACGGGCACAUCAUUUGAGUGAAGAUGUGGAAGAAUAA